GGCGUCGCGCGGGGAGGAGGAGCCGGAGCUGGAGGAGGAGCCGCCGCCGCCGCCGCCAGCUUCCUGCUUGACAUAACUCAUUUCAAGAAGUGCACAAUGUCAGAACGUGGGAUUAAGUGGGCUUGCGAAUAUUGUACGUAUGAAAACUGGCCAUCUGCAAUCAAGUGCACCAUGUGUCGUGCUCAGAGACCCAGCGGAACAAUUAUUACAGAAGAUCCAUUUAAAAGCGGCUCAAGUGAUGUUGGUCGAGACUGGGAUCCUUCCAGCACUGAAGGAGGAAGUAGUCCUUUGAUAUGCCCAGACUCCAGUGCAAGACCGAGGGUUAAGUCUUCGUACAGCAUGGAAAAUGCAAAUAAAUGGUCAUGCCACAUGUGUACAUAUUUGAACUGGCCAAGAGCAAUCAGAUGUACCCAGUGCUUAUCCCAGCGUAGGACCCGGAGUCCCACAGAAUCUCCUCAGUCCUCAGGAUCUGGCUCGAGACCAGUUGCUUUUUCUGUGGAUCCUUGCGAGGAGUACAAUGAUAGAAAUAAACUGAACACAAGGACCCAGCAUUGGACUUGUUCUAUUUGCACAUAUGAGAACUGGGCCAAGGCUAAAAAAUGUGUUGUUUGCGAUCAUCCCAGACCUAAUAAUAUUGAAGCAAUAGAGCUGGCAGAGACUGAAGAGGCUUCUUCAAUAAUAAAUGAGCAGGACAGAGCUCGAUGGAGGGGAAGCUGCAGUAGUGGUAAUAGCCAAAGACGAUCGCCGCCUACUACGAAGCGGGACUCUGACAUGAAAAUGGAUUUUCAGAGGAUUGAGUUGGCUGGUGCUGUCGGCAGUAAGGAGGAACUUGAAGUGGAUUUCAAAAAAUUAAAGCAAAUUAAAAACAGGAUGAAAAAGACCGACUGGCUAUUCCUCAAUGCUUGUGUGGGGGUUGUGGAAGGAGAUUUAGCUGCUAUAGAAGCAUACAAGUCUUCGGGAGGGGACAUCGCCCGCCAGCUCAGCGCAGACGAAGUACGCCUGCUGAGCCGCCCCUCUGCCUUCGAUGUGGGCUACACGCUGGUGCACCUGGCCAUCCGCUUCCAGAGGCAGGACAUGCUGGCAAUACUGCUCACUGAGGUAUCUCAACAAGCAGCAAAGUGUAUUCCAGCAAUGGUGUGUCCUGAACUGACAGAGCAGAUCCGACGGGAGAUAGCUGCUUCUCUUCAUCAGAGAAAGGGGGAUUUUGCUUGCUAUUUUUUAACUGACCUCGUAACAUUUACAUUGCCGGCAGAUAUUGAAGACUUGCCUCCAACAGUCCAAGAAAAAUUAUUUGAUGAGGUGCUUGAUAGGGAUGUUCAAAAAGAGUUAGAAGAGGAGUCUCCAAUUAUAAACUGGUCCUUGGAAUUGGCUACCCGUUUGGACAGCCGGCUUUAUGCACUUUGGAACCGUACUGCAGGAGACUGCUUACUAGACUCCGUACUGCAGGCAACCUGGGGCAUCUAUGACAAAGACUCGGUGCUGCGGAAAGCCCUGCACGACAGCCUGCAUGACUGUUCACACUGGUUUUACACACGUUGGAAAGAUUGGGAAUCGUGGUAUUCUCAGAGCUUUGGUUUACAUUUUUCCCUGAGAGAAGAACAGUGGCAAGAAGACUGGGCAUUUAUACUCUCUCUCGCCAGCCAGCCGGGAGCAAGUUUGGAGCAGACGCACAUUUUUGUACUUGCGCACAUUCUUAGACGGCCAAUUAUAGUCUAUGGCGUGAAAUACUACAAGAGUUUCCGGGGAGAGACCCUAGGAUAUACUCGGUUUCAAGGUGUCUAUUUGCCCUUAUUGUGGGAACAGAGUUUUUGCUGGAAAAGCCCGAUUGCUCUGGGCUACACACGGGGCCACUUCUCUGCUCUGGUCGCCAUGGAAAACGACGGCUAUGGCGGCCGCGGCGCUGGGGCGAACCUGCACACGGACGACGACGUGACCAUCACCUUCCUGCCCCUGGUGGACAGCGAGAGGAAGCUACUGCACGUGCACUUUCUCUCUGCUCAGGAGCUAGGGAAUGAGGAACAGCAGGAAAAACUGCUCAGGGAGUGGCUGGACUGCUGUGUGACCGAGGGGGGGGUGCUUGUUGCCAUGCAGAAAAGCUCCCGGCGGCGAAACCACCCCCUGGUCACGCAGAUGGUGGAAAAAUGGCUCGACCGUUACCGACAGAUCCGACCUUGUACAUCCCUGUCUGAUGGCGAGGAAGAUGAAGAUGAUGAAGAUGAAUAAAAAACAAAUCAGAGAGCAGAAGACCAAGGUAUUGGCACUGUGGUGACCCCAAAGUGAGUGUGGCCCUCCAAGCAGAGUGCACGGCCUGGAACCAGCCCAGCUGGAGGGUCUGCGCGAGGGCGCCUCGAUCCACACCCCGAGAGGAGGCUGCAUCUGCUGCGUGAGGACAGAAAACUUUGUUUGGACUCCAGUUUGUAAAAAACUAAUUUUAUUAAGACAGAACUUUUUCCCUUUCAAAUUGUAAAUCUGUCUAUAAAGUAACGCAUGUGGUUGUGUAAGAAGUUGUGUAAUAGGAAAAGUUGUGCCAGCAUCCUCAUAUUAUCAGAAGUUCUUCCCAGCACGGGCACCUACAAAAGCACAUGGCAGAUGCCUCUUUGUUCCUUUGAGAUCUUCUUUUUUCAAGUAGAACCUGGCAUUCUACUUCCAUCUUAAGAGAUCCAUUUUACAUUAAGUCUCACCAGAGUUCACCAGAGACUUGGAAUCUUUUUGUACAAAUUAUCCACAGCAAAACAAAAAUAAACAAGCUUUUUAUUUUAUUAAUAAUUUAGUCCCUGUUGUGCCCAAUAAAAUAAAAUUAAAUCUUUAAGGAACAAACUGCAAGGAAAAUAAGAAUUUUUUAUUGAGUGAACUUCAUAUAGACAUUGCUCCCUUUUUUGCAAGGGAUUUUGGUUUCUGUUAUUUUGUCUUUCAGGUUUUCUGAUAUACCCCUUUUCAGUAUUUAGGUAUUAAUUUGUUUAAAGAGUACCUUUAAAAUAAGGGUUCUUAGCCCUUACUCCUGGCCACAGUCUGCUGGUGAAGUACCCCCUGGAUGUACAUUGGGGGAGCCUCCAUUUAUAACAAAAUGAAUUGUGUGGAAUUUACUCCAUUGACAAUGUAUUCCUGGAUCACCGUGCAAAAGUGCUGUGGACUUGCUCUUUCAUCAAUUCUGUGCCAAGCGGGCUGUGCUAGGAAGGGUGCCUCUGCUCUGGCUCAUCGGGAAAUCAGUUCAGUACAGAAUAAAAAGAUUUCCAAAAUGCAGUGAAGUGGUAAAUGCACUGCAUAAGGAGUUUCUCAGUGAGUGGUCUGAGAGUUUUUGCAUGUUGGUUAAUUGUGGCCAUCUUUAUUUUAACUUAAGUAUAGUCGUAGAACAUUUUAUAAAAAGUAUUAUUUGACCACUUCAGGUAUACAUUCACUACUGGAGAAAAAUUUCACACCUAUCUCAGGAACACAGACUUAGUGUCCUGAUUAGCGCUUUGUUAACUAUUAAUGGGAAAGGAUUUGGAAAGAAGCCCCAUGUAUACGUGUUGUGUGUGUGUCUAUGUGUAGACACACACAGUUUUUCCUUCCCUUUGAUGAGAAAAGGCUGUGAAAACCUUUUAACUAUUUGUUUUCUUCUAAGCUCUAACCAGAUGACAAGACUGCACACAGCCUCAGACUUAGGGCCAGAAUACGACAAAACGGAGAAGUACAAGGGGCGUCAAUUUCCUCCCCUUUCGAACACUCCUGAAAAGGUGCUUCCAGGCUGAUCUACUUUUACCGCAUGCAAAACCUUGCAGGAAAACACUGGCAAGUUGAGUCCAUAUAAAUGAACUUUGAUAUAAUGGUCAAUGUUAAAAACCGUUCAUAGUGGUUAAUGUUUUAUUGCAAAUUUACUGGUUUGCUUUCACUUUGAUCAGUAAUUGAUCAGGUUUCUCAAAAGGCUGCCAUUCUCACUCCUUAGUGUAGUAGCAUCUCUAAUAACUUUGCUCCGUGUAUAGGAACAUCUCUUCCGUGGGCACCGCUCCUGUUCUAGUUAGUUGUCUGUUAAACAGAAACUACCCUCCUAGUUGAAGAAGCCAGAGAGAACGUCGGAGGGGAAAGUGUCUAUCCUUUGUUCUCCACUGCAGCCAGUGCUGUCAGGAAGGACAGGCUGGGUUCCCGGCCUCUGUGUGUUGUGGUCGGUCUGAGCGUUGCUGCCCUCCAGGUGGUUUUUAUUAUCAUCAGCGAUCCUGACCACAUCUGGCUGAACAGUACAGCAUUAUUCCCUGCGAGAAGGCAUUAGAGACUUCCAUUUCCUAGGCUCCAGAUAGGGCUGGGGCUUUGGAUGGUUUGCAUAGGACAUAGACUGCUGCAAGCUAAGAUUUUGGGUGAUCCAAUGCUCUGUUAAGCUCUUGAACUAUUGAACAGCCAUAAAUAAGCAAGAAUAGAGUAUGCGGUCCUUCCUGGAAGAGUCUAUGCUGCUGGGUGACAGACGUGAAUGUCUUUUGGUUGACUCUGUACAGACUUACUGGUUUUUUUUCUCCUAGGGAGAAAUACAUUGUGGUGUUUUCUGUUCUAAUUAAACAAAACCCAGGUGCAUCAUGGAAUUGGACCUGCCUGUUGAUGUUUGACUCUUAGGCGCAUCGUGUCUGAGGCCUAGUCUUUGCUAGGGGCUGCUGCUGCUCGUGGAUGGCUGGGGACUAUGUUUCCUGCACAUUUCACCCUCAUCAUUGGCUGCUACUUGACAAGCACUUAGGAAGAUAACGUGUAACUCCUGGAGGAUAGGUCAGUAGCCGUGCUCUCUCCCCCAGUAACUUUUUGUGGGAAUUUGGAGGGGACUUCACCGUAACACAGGUGAUGAUGAUGCUUUAACAUGCCCUGAAUAUUUUAAUUAGACGGGAAGGCUCAGGGAUUGAUGCCUGGAGAUGCUGGACUUAAUGGACACUUAAGACGUCUCUAGUACAAAGAGGUUUUUGAUGCUGUUUUAAAAGGCCAUUAAGUCAAGUUAAAUUUCUUAACAUAGAAAAUGACUGAUGUCUUUUUUUUGAGUUUUACUUCAUCUGAAUUAAUAUUUGCGUUCAGGUAUUUUGGCUCUGGUAAAUUAAUAUCGAAAUUCUUAAUGUUGGCCUUCUUGACUUAGUUUUUAACUCCAUGGACUCUGAGAGGUUUUGACUUCGCAACUGAACUGUCACAUUAGAUGCAUGUCAACAUUUAAAUCUACUUGUAGAUGAGGCUGGUAGGAAAGGAUUGGUCCGAUUUGAACCCUGGUCAUAAAGAACAAUUGACUAAUUGAAAACGUGGUUGCCUUUAACAUCUCGAGACGGUUACAUUGGUGAGAUGUACUUGAACUUCAGAACUUAACAGAUUUUUAUUACUUUUUAUUGAAAACUGCACUGAACGCUAAAUGUCCACCUUUACAAUAAACAAAUACAGUAACGGUAACUCACACUAAAACAAAACAUUUCUGAUAGCCAUUAUUAUUCUGUUUGGGACAGUUUUAAAGGUUUUUUUUUUUUUGUCACAAAAACAGGAAUGUACCUCUACAAAGGCUCAAAAUAGGCCAUCUUUUAAACAAAAAGGCGAUGACUCACAAAAGACUAUGAAUAUAACAUGAAACUAGUUGAUACAAAUCUAAUAGGAUUUGUUAAAAUCAGUCACAUCUAAUAACACACCUGAAGUGUUCUUGUAUAAAAUAUCACGUGAAGAAAAGAACUUUAUCAAUGUCUAAAAAAGUGGGUUUGUUCAUAGACAAUCUGACAAGUUACCAUAAAAAGUGUUUCCUGAGACAUAAGGAAAUGCAACAUUAUUCUUCUUGAACCCUUUCAAGUUCAAGACUCUCCACUCAAUAAAAUAGCUGAGGAUCUGAAACUGAGAAAAUAUAUUUGAGUACAAACAGCUUGUGAAACUUAAUACUUUUUUUUUUUUUUUUUUUUUUUUUUGCAUCAUCAGAGGGUGUUACUGAACUCAGCCAACUCGCCCGCUCAGUACGCAGUUCAGGUGGGGAGUUUCUCUGUGCGAGCCCGCACCGGCGCCAGUCCUGUGCUGCCGGAGGUCUAGAACACAGGCAAACAGUUUGCUCCCCAUUUCAUAGUAAUUUUAUCUUCCUAUUAGCAAAAGAGGUCACCAGCCCCCGUGGACCGAAGGGACUCAAGUCACAGGAUGGGGAUUUCCUCUUAAUAUUUUUUAUUUUGAUGUUUGGAACUCUUGAUGCAACAUUCUAGAGCAAGGUGUUCACCUGCUGUGCCCCAGGGACCGGUAAAGGAAAAAGAUCUAUUUAUUCUUUGUGAUUUGAUGCACAGAUGAGAAACUUAACACACAAUAACAGAAGUUGGUCGUUAAUAAAUCACGUCCUAGUCUUUCAGCUCUUCAGGAAGCAGACGCCACCUUCAGUUUGCCCACGUCACGGCUUCUAGCUCUUGUAGUUCUAGCACUGCAGCGUCAGUGAUGCGUAUGUCCAGAAUCAGGUAAAAAGCCUGUCACGUUUCUUCCUUCCUCUUCUAGUAGUUCAUCUCUUUUCACCGUCUCUUGGUCCCAGGUUUAUCUGAAUGAUACCUUUUGUCACCGUCUGCUAUUGCUCGUUGGGGUGCUCCCGAUUGUCCCCGUGUUUUGUGGGCUGGUUGGGCGAGGGGGCUUGGGAAGGGUGUGCCACGGUGGGGAGGUUGUGAGUCACCGGGAUGCCUCCGGGGAUGAUCCCUUCCAUGGCGGCUGGAAGUCCUCCUGGAGCCACGCCCACGAUGCCCGGCGGGUAUCUGAGGAACAGGGAGGAAAGGCCGUGACUGCCCUGGCGGAGGAGCAGAGGACUCCAGCUUUUAAUCUAAAGCAGCGCCUGCUCAUCACAGAUGCGACUAGUCCAGUCAGAGUACUGGGCCACCCCCGCUGGCGGGUGCUGUGGCACCUGGCGGGAGGCGCCCCUGCAGAAUGACCCGUUGUUUCCGAGUUGCCAGAGAAAAGGAUCAGUUCUCACACCGACUGCCCUCAUGACUUCCCUAAAUACUCAGGGAGGCUUCUCCCCAGGCUGGCGCGCCAAACCACCUCAUGCUGCAGCCGUGACAGGGUGCGGGGCUCGGAGACCACCUAGGAUACCUGGAGGGGCCUGUGCGCCUGUCUUCUCUCUCAGGCAGAGGCGUCGCUGUGUGUGAGCAGUGGCAGCUGCCACCUCCAGAGCACAGGCUUCCGUGCACCAGUGUGACUCCGUGUGUGGCAACAUUGUGGGGAGGGAGCUGUCCUGAGGCAGGUGCUUUGGAAUCGAAGGCACCCAGCUGUUUACAGAGGGUGAGGAGAUGGCGAAAGCCAUCCCGGCCUGUGAAAAACUCAAGCCCUCUCCAGGAGAAACACGGCCUUGUGCAUGAGCAACCCAGGGGCCUCUAGAAGGUCACCAGCCUCCCUGAGUGGGACUGGGGCGCUGGCUCCAGGAGUGAUACUUGGGAGUACCCAGAGUGGGACCGUCACAGAAUGUGCCGGAGGAAGCCACAGCAUGGCUUCCUCCGCCGUGGCUCCGUCACUUAAAGUGCACGCCGCCACCCUGCCCAGCUCUAGGUCCAGGUGGCACUGGGCUAUGGGCCUGCCUGGGGACGUGGGUGCAAUGGGCAGCGGUGGCUGGAAACUGCUAACAAUUCUACAAAAUGCAGGCAGCCCUAGCACCAGCAAGCGCAAGCAAAACUUCCCUCUGGGGCUCGGGCUGCAGCUUCUCCCCUCAAUACAGGAGAAUCUAGCUCCCUGGCACCCAAAUGUGAGAGGAGAGACCCCCGGGAACCAGCAGAGCAUCAAAUCCAGCUCUGCCCUCCCCUAUCAGGGCACCCUCCCGAGAUGGGCGAGCUGCAUGGAAGCAAAGGCGAGCCCUGGCAUAAUGUCCCGUCCCAUCGGAGAGGGGGCACGACACGCCUCACCCACCCCCUUU